AUGCCACCCCCGCUGUCCUCCAUGUACCGGUAUCACAUGUGGCACACUGCGGGGAAGCUUCAGCUUGCAAGUGCAUCUCCAUUCCAUCCAUCAAUACAGGUUAUCAUGAGCUGGUUCAGCAAACCGGUCAGCGAGCCCAAACCGGCUUCUCCGCCGCCGGACCCCAGUUCCGGAUCGGGCAGCAGUUCUGCAGCGAGCCAUGUUGGCACCGCCUUGGUCGACAGAACGCAUUCGAAGACCCAUGUUCAUUCUGUUUCUCUCUUCGACGUUGGUAUCUUGAAGGAUACACUGGUUCCGUCCGUAGCCCUUCACUCUGGCUUGGCGGCGAUCGCUUACGGAGCCGGCCGUUACACGCAGCGUGUCGACGCGAAAGACUGGCUUUGGUCGAGUGGCCAAGUCGCAAAUGCAUGGUGGUCGGCUGUCGGACGUCGUAUUGCUGGGGGCUAUACUGUCUCGCAAGCCUUCAGUCGUUUGUCAUGGCAUGAGCGAGUCAUCUUGACUGGCGUCACGCUUUGGGGCGGUCGCUUGUUCUAUCGUGUUGCGCGCCGCUCCAUUCAGCGCGGCAAGGAUGACCCACGAUACGACGAGCUCAAGAAGGAAGAGAACUUCUGGAACAAUGCGCUGUUCAAGGUUUUUAUUCCAGAGGCAUUAUUCCAGGUGCUCAUCAGCCUGCCAUUUACCGCGCCUUUUAGACAUGAAGGUGCUGUACUGAUGGGAUAUCAACCGUUGAUCCAGAUGCUUGCUGUGGGCCUAUUCUCUUCUGGUCUUGCUUUGGAAUCAAUUGCAGACUCCCAGCUCGACCAAUACAAGGCCGAAGGCGGCAAGGGUAUAUUGCGUGAGGGUGUCUGGAGCCUCGUCCGCCAUCCUAAUUACCUCGGCGACUCUCUCGUCCACAUCUCCUUCAUCAUCAUGCUUUACGGGUCCGACAUGCUCGCACCCAUUGAACUCCUCGGCCCAAUCGCUAACUACUACUUUCUGCGCCUAUACGGCGGAGACAACGAGAAGGAGCAGUCCCAAGAGCGUCGAUACUCUGCUUCACAACCCGAGAAACUUGCUGAGCUUGAGAAGUUCCGCGCGGAUAAGAAUGCCUUUUGGCCAAGCGCCAAUGAGCUGAAGAACAAAUGGCUAUGGACAGUGCUGGGCAUUGGUGGUUUGGGCGUGGCGGUGGAGCAGACGCUUAGGAUGAUGCACUAA